AUAAAAUCUGAAUCAAAGAAAUCAACUAGAAGAGUGGAUGGUCGGCCAUAUUCUUGUGCAACUACUGAUAUUUCUUCAGGCAAUAAUUCUGUUGCGAACACUUUAAUUCAAUACGACUUUGACGAUACUUUGGUAAUCAAGGAAGAAAUCAUUGAAGAUCAAGAGACAAUCACAGUCCAGAAACCGGAUAAAAAAAAUAAGUCAAAAUUUUGUUUCGUAAAUAUAAAAAAAGAUGAUGUUUUGGCGGUGAAGUGCAAAAUGCUGGCCCUUAAAAAUCAGGAAAUUUCGGAACCAAACCCGGAAAUAAAGUACAAAUGCAAAAAGUGUACUCGAAUCUAUAAAAAUAAAUCUUAUCUGAACUAUCAUGAAAAAUAUGAAUGUGGCGUCAUGCCACAGUUCACUUGUAAAUUCUGCGGCCAUCUAUUUAAACGGAAUAGUCACAUGAAUGAACAUAUAGAUCAGGUGCAUCAGAAUACAAGCUCAACGAAGUCGGUAUUAUUAAUGCAUAAAUGCGACAUAUGUCCUCGAAGUUACAUUUGGAGAACUCAUUUAUCUAGACACAAACGUUUAGUACAUGCAGCAGUCAAACCACAAUUCAUUUGCGAUUGCUGCGGAUAUAAAUCGGAUCAGAAAUCUAACUUGGCGAAACAUAUGACUACAGUCCACUCACAGAUAUCGAGAACCAGACAUGGAUGCGACCAAUGUUUGCGAAGUUACACUUGUUUAAGAGGUUUAAAUCGACACAAACGUGUACACCACGCAAUUGUUUAACCACAAUGUGUUUCCGAUUUUCACGGCUAUAAAUUCAAUGCAAAAUGUCAUUUUUUAAGACACAUGACUUCACGCCAGCCUAGCUACAAAACUAUUUAUUACAAUCUAGCCAUAAAUGCAAAGUUUAUAUGAACAUUAACGUUUAGAAUAUGCAGAAAUUAAAGCAACAUUUAGUUUCGACGUUUUUGAUAACAAAACUUUGUGAUAGUAAAACGUAACUUGCGGAGCAAAGACAUAUUUCUUCAAAUCAUCAUAGUUAGUAAUAUUUCUUACGCAUACGAAACUUUAAUCUCUGGAAAAUUUGUCAUUUUAGGAGAGAUAAUUCUUUUAUGUAAUAGAUCAAGGAUACCUUGAAUUACAUUUUUUUAAAUUCACUACUUACUACUUCACUUUCUGAAAUUCCGGACAAGUAUGUGAAUUUGCCAGGUUGUCAGGAAUAAUAAGUAUAACCUUUUUUUUAUUUGAAUUUUUUAUUCCGUCUAUUAAAAAUUCUAUGUUAGAAAUGUUACAAAUUCAUGAUUGUUAUCUACAAAUAUUGAAAGUCGGAAAAAAUGCAACAUUUUUCAGGGCAACAUUCUUCUUUAUCAGUUACUUUGUCCUUGCGAUAUAAUUUU